AUUAAAUUUAAUCUUUUCCUUUAUUCUACUAGUAUUAGUAUUGUUAUUGAUGAUUUAUAUAUACAUACAUACGUAUAAUCAAAGAUGGUUAGUGGCUAACAGUGGAAUCCAAGACGCUCGUCUCUUCCUAUUUGGAACUCGUUAACUAGAUUUACCUGCAUCCCAGACUUGUUGAUGUUCACUCUGGCACUAGAACACAGUACCAUUCGCUUCAAACACCAUCGCGUUAUCCACUUAGCUAUUGAGUCCUAAUAGCCACUGCUAGACGCUAUCCAUCUUUGUUUAAGAAGCUUAUGAAUUAAAACUAUAUCGAGGCAAUCCGCACAGGAUACAUGUAUGCCAUCAUGAAACGGAUCAAUUGCAGACCUGAAUAACAAUGGAAAGAUACAAGUAAAACAACACCAAUACAUAUGUAUAGUUAUGCAUAUUUAUAUAUACCUCAAAUCGUAAAAUAAAUUUCUAUGGAUACAUUUCUAUUCUCCGCCCCCCCCUUCUAUCUUAGACUAAUAUUAAUUAGUUAAUUACAUUUAUUUAUAUAUUUAAUCAUUGUUCCAUUGUAUCCAUUUAUUUUUCUAUUUAUCCUUGAUUAUUCACUAUGAUUGGUCAAUGUCUGUAAUAAUGACCUUGAGAGUGACAAUUUUAUUUUUAUAAGUAGUUAAGUUUAUAAGUAACUGUCUUGAUUACGAUUAUCAUUAUUAUUAUUAGUAGUAGCAAUAGUAGUGGUGGUAGUUAAGGUACAGUGUUUUAUGUUUUACAUCAAAAUGAUUAUCAUUGCAUUGAGGAAAAAAUUGUUGUUAAACAUAUGAGACACAAAAAAGAAAGCAGAACAAUCAUAAUGAUAAUGCAUAGUCUGGAUUAUUCAUACAACUUACAAUAUAUAGUUAAUCCAUAGGAAAUAAUAGAAAAAAAGGGGAAGGGUUUUUUCCCUUAUGAAAAAAACUAUAUAUAUGCAUAUGUACAAUACCGGUGAAUUAUGUUUUUACUUCUUUUUUUAAAAAAAAGAUUUUACCUUAGUUUCAAUGUUUAUUGGACAAUUGACUAGUUUUGUUUUUUCUGUUGCUGCUUAGUUACUGUCUAUAAAGAUUAAAAAAAAGAAAGCAAAAGAAAAGAAGAAAAGAAAAAAAAUUACAAUCAUAUACCAAAUUCAGUUCAUUUACAAACCAAUAUGCGUAUGGAGAAAAAAAUUUUGAAAAGAAAAAUUAAUUAAAGAAUAAAGAAAUUCAAUGGAAUAGUGUUGUAAUGAUAUUUGAGAAACUUCAAAAUAUUGAACAAUUGAAUUCAUUGAAUGUUGAACUAUUGAACUCGUUGAAUAUUGGACCAUUGAAUUUAUUGAACAUUGAACAAUUGAAUUCAUUGAAUAUCACAUUAUUUAAUUUAAUUCUUUUCAUGUUUUGUAUAAAAUUUAAAAUAAACCAUCAAACAUUAUCAUCAAAUGAAAUUGAUAAAAAUGAAAAAUUGAAUUUUAAAAAAAAAUUUAAAAAAUUAUUACAUCAUAAUAAAUUCUUACGUUAUACUAUAGAAGAAGAUCAAUUUCGUGAUGAACAUUUAAUAGAAAUUGAUUCAAAUUCAAAAUGUAUUAAAUCAAAUGAAUCCAUUGCAAAUCAUAAUCAUUCUAUCCUAUCACAACAAUUAACCUUAUUACAUCAUAAUCAAUUAUCGAAUUCAUUGAAUAAUAAUAAUAAUAGUUUACCAAUUAAAUUAUCCAAUAAUUUAGAUCUAAAUCAAUCCAAUGAAAAACACCACCAUCACAGUCACUACCACUACCGACAACAACAGCCAUCAUUCCCAUUUACUGUAUGGACAACAUAUUAAACAAAAAGCUAAUAGUUUAAAAGAACAAGGUAGAAAAGCUAAAGUCUAUCAUGGUUAUCCUAUUUGGACGGAUACUAAAAGUGUUAUACAACAAUUUUCAAACAGAAUAUCAUCAAAUUCCACUACUCAUUAUCAUUUAUCACCAUAUAGACAAUGUGAUUCGCAAAGUGAUCUAUUUGAUCCAAUUUAUUCAGCAAUUCAAUAUCCUUUGAAAGAUACACUACAAUCAACACAUUCAUCAUUAUGGGAUCAUUCAUCAGUGUCAGUUCAUCAACCAUAUGCGAAAGAUCGUCUUCUAGUUAGAAAUAUUUGGACAAGUCAGGAUUCAGUUGUCUCCGAUGCACAUGUCUAUUGUGAGUUAAUUGAAUUGAAAUCCAAUAAAACUCACUAUCAGACUAACAAGAAAUCGGAUUCUAGACCAUUUUAUAAAGAUUAUUCGUCUUGUAGUUUACGCUCAUAUGAAAAUCAAUGUUUUCAAGAUGUUAUCUCAGAUAAAUGUUCAAAUGAACAACCGCCAAAAUUACCACAUCGAAAUUAUGGAGAAAGUACUUUGAAUAUGGUUGCUAAUUUACGUUUAUGGGCAACAAGAAAUAAACAAAAAUUUUUAAAAAAUUUACAUAAAAUCAAUAAAUUACAUAAACAUGUUUAUUCUAUGUCAGAUAUGACAUGGAGAUUAAAUAAGAAACGAAAUAUUUAUGAUUUACCUUUAUAUAAAACAAAAAAUUAUACAGAACAAUCAUCAUUAAGAACAUCAUAUCGGUAUCAUAAACACAAAAAUUUGGGGAGUAGAAAUUCUGUAGAAAAACCUAAAGAUUACGAUGAAUUAACUAACCGAAAUACAAGAUCAACUUUUUCUGAAACUGAUAUCGUUUCACUGGAGAAUCUUAAUUUACUUAAUAUUUGGGGUUCACAACAACGGCAGGAUCCGAUAAUUUCAGCUUGCCAUUCUAAUGAAGCUUUUUCUUUGGAAGCAAAUAUACAAUUAACAAAACAGUCGACCAACUUCAAUGAUAGAUGCAGUAAUCUUAGACAUAUCGAUAGUGAAUUUGAUAUUACAGAAUUAUCCCCCAUUUAUAGAAGAAACAAAUCUCCAAGAAGUAAACAAUUAAAAAUGAAUCAUUCAUUAUAUCCAUAUUUGACAUCAACAUCACUCACACCAUUAUAUCAUAUUUACAUUCCAAAUCAACGUAAACAAUAUAAAGAGAAUUUCCAUUCAUAUACAAGUGAUGUUCGUUCGCAAUGUAAUAAAGUGAAUGAUCAAAAUAAUACAAUUCAUUCUUAUUUAUCUAAUCUAAUGUUAUCUGAAGAAAUUCCCUGUUGCAUUUCUUCUCCUCCUCCUACUCCUUAUUUAUGUAUGCCACCAUUAAUGGAACGUUCUAUGGAAGAUGAUGAAUAUCAUUUAUGCAAAUGAUUGUAAAACAUUCAGAUUACGGUUUUUUGUAUAUUUCUUUUUCGACACAAUAUGUAUCACCAUUUACAAUUCAGGUUAUUUAUAAAUUGUAUAUAGAUUACUUAGUUACUUACUUACGCCUGCUACUCCCGAUGGAGCAUAGGACGCCAACCAGCAUUCUCCAACCCAUUCUGUCGUGAGCCUUCCUUCAUAGUUCUAUUUAAUUUUUUUUCAAAUUGUAUAUAGAUAAUACACAAUAAUUAUCG